CCAACCACACAUAGGACAAAAGAUGAACUCCUUAGUGAAAUGGGCCCUUUUUCUGUUUGUCCUCGUCUCUCUUCUUUUGAAUAUAAUUUUGAUCGGCAUCUACUCAAACAGGGUACCUAAAUGUUCCUCUCAGCCCGCUCAUCAUCUGAAAGGCAAACACGACGCGCGCAGCCGCGUGUUUGCGGAUCUCACUCAGGAUGAAUAUUUGCAGGUCCAACAGUACAUGCGGAGCCAGAAGGAAUUGAAUAUAUCAACCAGGCAGCUCACGAAGCCCUCAGAGAACUUUUUGUUCUUAAUAGAGCUUUCCCUGCCCAGGAAAGCGGAGGUAUUGUCUUACUUGGACGGAAUGGGUUCCAAGCCAGUGCGCGAAGCCACCGUGGUUGUCUUUCACGGAUCCAUGGGUUACAUUAAGGAAUAUGUGGUAGGCCCUCUACCGAAGCCUACUUAUCAUAAGGAUGUCACCAAGAAGAAGUACAAAACAGAGCUGCCUAUUAACGCGCGCACGGUUACCGUCGGGGAGUAUGACUUGUUGUUAAAGUUUCUGCGGCAAGAAGUCUUCUCCAAACUGCAGAAGCUCAUGAACGAAAGUUUUGGUGCCGGCAAGAAGAUAAACAUCUUCGAGCAAAUGCCACGCGGGGUGCGAUCGGGGGACAGGAAAACAUGGAUGUCUUUCUUCAGAGACAUGAGCGGCAUGUACAUCCACCCGGUGGGUUUCGAGAUUCUCGUCAAUCACGAGAGCGUCAACGAAUCCAAAUGGCAAGUGGAGAAACUUUAUUAUAACGGUCAGUAUUUCGACACCGUGGCGGAACUUCAACAGAAAUAUGACGCAGGAUCCGUGAAAAGAAUAAUUUACAAUGAGGGGGUGGAUUAUAGCUCUUUGAAGCCCAAGCGCAAGCCUCUGCAGCUGAGCCCUUUGCAGUACUACACAGAUGGGAAACGCUUCAGCGUCAACGGGAACCACGUCCUCUACUUGGACUGGAGCUUUUCUUUUGGGUUAAGUACUCUCACUGGGAUGCGGGUGUUCGACGUGCGCUUCAAGGGAGAGAGGAUUGCGUAUGAGUUGAGUGUACAGGAAGCCAUGUCAGUGUACGGCUCAGUGACGCCCGGGAUGAUUAUCACCAAGUUUUUGGACUCCAGCAUCGGCAUCGGCCGUUUCGCGCACGAACUGGUCCGCGGCACCGAUUGCCCCCACGAAGCCACUUACGUGGAGACGUACCGCUACAUCGACGUGAAAUUACCUGUCAGAUACAGGAAUUGCAUUUGUAUAUUCGAACACAACUUUGGUCAGCCUCUGCGGAGGCACUUUGCUGACUUUUUCUCCAAUAGUUACGGGGGCUUGGUCAACAGCGCUUUGGUGUUCAGAACAAUCACUGCUAUAGGAAACUACGAUUACAUGUGGGAUUUCAUCUUCUAUCAAAGUGGAGCUGUCGAAGCCAAGGUGCACGCCACGGGUUACAUCUCGUCUUCUUAUCUGGUGGACGGCAGUUUGAAACACGGCCACCAGGUGGCAAAAAAUGUCCUGGGGAACAUCCACACGCACUUCAUCAACUUCAAAGUGGAUUUGGACGUGUUGGGAGUGAAGAAUGUGUUCCAGACCAAAGAUAUGGCGUUUGUAAAUGUGACAUUACCAUGGAUGCCUGAUCGGUCUGCUAUGGUUCCUCAGCUGGUGGAGAGACAACUUAAGACAGAACAGGAAGCAGCUCUCCGGCAUGGUACAAAAAUUCCUCGCUACCUCCACAUUGCAAGCAACAAAACCAACGCUUGGGGUCAUCAGCGUUCCUAUAGACUCCAAGUGAUGAGCUUCGCUGGAGAUCAUCUCCCAGAGAGUGAGACAGAUGAGAAAGGAAUGUCCUGGGCCAGGUAUAAAGUUGCCAUCACUAAGUAUAAGGACAGUGAGCAGACCAGCAGCAGUUUGUAUAACCAAAACAAUAUUUGGAACCCAGCAGUUGACUUCAGCAUGUUCAUCGAAGACGAUGAAAACAUUGAAGAUGAGGAUCUGGUUGCGUGGGUGACCACUGGAUUCCUCCACAUCCCUCAUGCCGAGGACAUCCCCAACACCGUAACUGUAGGCAACGGCGGAGGGGUCUUGCUACGACCCCAUAACUACUUCGACGAGGACCCUUCCGUUCACUCUGCUGAUGGGGUCUACUUCCUACCAGGCAGUGAAGAAAGCUGUGAAUACAACAGGAUGGGCUGCCUGGCUCAAGAGACCUGCAGUCCAGUGCUGGAACCCUUCAAAUACAAUGGUUUUGAGGGCGUCAUCAAGUUUAAGGACUGAGUGUGACACUACCCUCACCCACACUCUUUCCCGCCCCCUUAUUGUCUAUUCUUUUUUUUUUUUUUUUUUUUUAAGAGCAGAGCUGGAUAACAUAUUUUAAGCAACAACCACACUGCAAAAAAACAUGCUGAAUUUACUAGGGAUGUCCUGAUCCGAUCACAUGAUCGGAAAUCUGGCCGAUCACUCCAUUUUGCAGAGGAUCGGGGAUUUUAAUUUAAAAAAUAUAUAAUUCAUGUUUUUCUGCUUCAUGCUCGUACAGCACAACACCCUCUCAGCCUCGCACGAAGCAGUGUGGCCAAACUGUCCAGCUGGCGUUUGGUGCUUAAAGUCAACGAUGGUUGACAGGUUUGUAGCUUUGUUCUUGCCAGAGAUGCUAGGUAGCUCUACGAUCAAAGGCACAAAUCUGUCAACCAUCAUUAAGCUUACUUGUGUUAGUGACAGGCUGUUCUCUGCAGUGUAAGCGUCAAAGCAUGAGUGGACUCACUCAAUGAAGCAUUUAACGAGCGACGUUGAUGACAAAGACAAGCAUUUUCUAAGUUACUCUUGUUUAAUAAUAAUUCACGUAAUGAAGGCGGCACGGUGGGAGAGUAACAUGUUUGGAACUUCAGUUAAAAAAAAAUCGGUAUCGGUUGGGGGACUCGGUAUUGGCAGAUACUCAAAAUCAGAUGACUCGGACUCUGGUGCAAAAAUAUGCGAUCGGGACAUCCCUGGAAUUUAUUGUAAAACACUGGCAGCUGUGGUUGCCCGAAUAGUGCUGUUAAUGAAACAGGAAAACCAAAAAAUGUUCAUUGUUAAAUUCACAGCAAACAAACGUAAAAUACCAUUUUAUUUGAUUUUAUGAACUGUAAAACGACUGUUAAAAGUACAUAUGUUUCUUGUUCUUCCCCUUUUCCAACUGGAGUUUGAACCAAUACUGUCACUGUGGCAAUCAGGUAUGCUAACUACUGAGCCAGUAGCACAGUCUAUCUUCAGUAGCUCUAUAGUUAGCAUGUUAGACUGCCAAGUGACAACAUAAAAAGGUUUGACAUGACAUCAACGCCAUCAAAACUGGUUACAUGUCAAUUACAUUAUAAACAAAAGAUCUGCAAAAAUUAAACCAUAAAUAUCAUGGUUGUUAAAACCCUACACCAUUUACGCGUAUUUCACGUUUUUCCCCUUAAAAUUCUGGCAACAUCAGCCGUCAGUAUUUUACCAUAAAUGUAAUGUGUGUGUUUGCUUUUUUAAAUCAGUAUAUUACAAAUAGGGGUAAUGGUCAUUUUUGACCUCUGUAACGUUAGCCCCCCAUCAGACGCAAAUUUAUAGAAAAAUGAUGUCAUUUGUUUGUGCUAGGUUUGUGCUGGAAAAAAAACACUGAUGCUGCUAUCGUUUUUGAGAUAUUAACAUUUCUUUUAAAGGUCAAUCUGAGGUCAACCAGCCCCCAAUUUAGAUUACAAAUGAAUGAAAAUGGUGUCAAUUGUUUGUGCUGUAAAAUUUUCCGUUUUUGCUUCUAUCGUUUUUGAGAUAUUAAUUUCGAGUGAUGAUGUCAUGCAGCCCCCCAUUUAUUGCAAAAUGGACCGAAAAUUGUGCCAUUCUUUUAAGCUACGUUUGAGCAUUUGUGCUGUAAUUUUUUUUUUGUCUGUGGUGGUAUUUUUUUUUACUACUGAGAUAUUAAUUUUGAGUGAUUACGUCAAUCGCAGCCCCUCCGUCGCGGCUGACGAAUGGUUCCAACUUUCUUAACAGAGGGGUGUCCCAACAAUUAACGCAAACUUAGCACAAACCAAUGGGACCCAUUCGGGUCCAUUUUGCAGUAAAUGGGGCGCUGCGAGUCACGUCAUCACUCGAAAUUAAGAUUUCAAUAUCUCAAAAAUGGUAGCAGCACGAGCGAAAAUUUUUACAACACAAACAAUUGACACGAUUUUAAGCCAUUUUUACCUAAAAUGGGGGACUGGUUGACCUCAGAUUUACCUAUAAAAGAAGUGUUAAUAUCUCAAAAAUGACAGCAGCACAAACAUUUUUUUUUUCAGCACAAACGAGCACAAACCUGGAACAAACGACUGACAUUUGCAUCUGAUGGGGGUGCCAACUUCACAGAGGUUAAUUUUUGCCCAAAUCAAAAACAAAGCAUAUUAUAAAAUUAAUGCACACGCUUUGUCAUGCUCACUCGUCAUGUUUUAAGCUCUGUAUUGCACAUUGUCACGCACAUUUGCUUUCAUGACAUUGGCUUGCGUAUUACGUGCCUAAACAUGCAAAAAUAUUGGGGCAGAACUUAGGGGGUUACUGGCCGAGCGGCACCAAGCCUCUGGGGGUCCCGGUGUUUGGAUGUCAAGGGGAAUAGUUGAGGUAGGGUAGGUUCUCAAAAUAAUGUGGUGCUCUAAUAGAGAGUAUAAGUGUUUUAAUCUCUCCACCAGUAGCACCCCACCCACGAUUGUAUAAACGGGCCUGUGAAAGUGUGGCGGGGCCUGUUGAAAAUUUUCCACUAGCAACCCUCCAACGUUGUACCGUCCGCUCGAGGAGCCCGUUGUCAUUAAUUGCACCUGGACCUUAUUCACAUAAGUUCCGCCACUGCAAAAGGGCAUCCCACUGUGCUAAUCAUGUAGUUCAUUCAUGCAAGCAAAACAAAAGCAUUCUGCUGUGGUAACCCUUAUUUUGCAUUGUAAUGCAUUAUGCCUGUAUUUUGAAGGUAUUAUAUGAAUGUAGGCCUUACACUGAAUGUGACACGCCAAUACUUAUAUUGUAAAGUUGAAUGUUUCACUUAAUAAAUCUUAAGAAUUAAAGAUUGUAUGGAAUAUUUAACUUUGAUGUGUUAUGAUUGGGUGUCAUUAUUAAGCCUGCCAAAUUAGAAUGAAUAAAUAGAUUGCUCUGUGUCAUAUAGUUGAAGGGAGUUGUCUUAAACUCCCAAAACCUGCUGGUUAAGGACAAGGUGGACAAAAAGUGUUUAUUGCUACAACACACAGUAAAUUUCUCUCAACCUAUGUACGUUUUCAGCACUUAUUUUCACAGUUUAUGUAUUUAGAAACAAUUCGUGAAAAUGACUUUAUAUUCCCUUCAAUGAAUUAAAAAAGU